CACACGGCACAGACUGGACCGCACACACGCCGGAGGAUUCUGUUUCCGGUUCGAACAGUUUCCUGUGAACACAAAGGGGUUCAUGGAGAUUCUGAGCGUGUUUACAGACUGACAUGCCAAGCCGUGGCUCCGGGUGUGUUUUUCUUGCAGUCUGCUUCAGGAGGGAAACGGUCGAGGCAGCGCCGGACAGCAACCUGUAACUGGUUACCAGGGCGUAUCGGACCGACGCGGGUUGGAGCACAGGCAGUGUCAUGUCGGACUCGGAGGAGGACAGCCAGGACAAGCAGCUUAAAAUUGUGGUGGUUGGAGACGGAGCAUGUGGGAAGACAUCACUCGCCACCAGAUUUGCACAGGAGGCCUUUGGGAAGCAGUACAAACAAACCAUUGGCCUGGAUUUCUUUCUGAAGAGAAUAAGCCUUCCAGGCAAUUUGAAUGUGACCCUGCAAGUGUGGGACAUUGGAGGCCAAACAUUAGGGGGCAAAAUGCUGGAUAAAUAUGUGUACGGAGCUCAUGGUGUUCUUUUAGUAUAUGACAUCACAAACUACCAGAGCUUUGAGAACCUGGAGGAUUGGUUCAGCAUGGUGAAGAAGGCAAAUGAAGAAUCUGAUAUCCAGCCUGUCGUCUUCCUGGUGGGCAACAAAAUUGGUACCCGUCUGCUCAACCCCGACACCCCCCACCUUUCCUAUCCCGUCCCACGUAGUCGCUUAAGUCGACCUGGAGCACAUGAGGACCAUAAAGGCAGACAAACACCAGCGCCUGUGCCAGGAGAAUGGCCUCAUCAGUCAGUUCGUAUCGGCCAAGACGGGGGAUUCGGUUUUUCUGUGUUUCCAGCGAGUAGCAGCUGAAAUUCUUGGUAUCAAGCUAAAUAAAGCAGAAAUAGAGCAGUCCCAGCGUGUUGUGAAGGCGGACAUCGUGAACUACAGUCAGGACACCGUAGCCAGGACAGCCAACACCCCUCGCAGCUCCAUGUGUGUGCUUCAGUGAUCCUCUCAAGCACAAAAACACAAACAUUAAGAUGUAAAAUCGAUCGUCUUCAGGCAGUAUUAGAACUUCGAGUGAACUGGAUGAGAAAGUAUUCGGAGCGAGGUUUCUGUGUUCCUGUGUGUCAGUCGUAUUGCUUGGAUGAAGAACAGACUGCGUGGCUCCGAGGCCUUGGCAUGUAGUUCAGAUAUUUAGCAGGAAUUAGUUCUUGGGUGGUUCACCAAAAAAGAAAAUGGGACCUCAGUUUUUUAAGUUUAUGUGCAGCUAUCAAUUACUUCUAUACCUUUAAAGCUAUUACCUGAUUUAUACCUUAGGGUGAAGCUGGUAAUUUAAAGGAGCAACAUAGCAACUGAAAACAAUGUUAUAGAGACGUUAUAUUGUUUUUUUUUUUCUUUAGCUUUUAGUUUGAUAGUCUGCAUAUUUCAGCUUUAACAUAUUUUCAGUUUUUUUAUUGAAAAUUGCAAAUAAAGGACAGGCAGAGGUAAAAUCUAUAUCUUUCAUACUUUUAUUCAGAUAUUUUCUUCUAUAUGUGCUGUUUACUUGCAAACCAGAAAGGUAGAGUGAAAAUGCUGCUGUUAUUGAAGUAAAACUCCUAUUACUGUUUGCCAAUUAGGUGGUUGCUUGCUCAGUGUAAACAGUAUGCUGUUAUUUCACUUAGAGACAUUCCAAGAUUUAUUCUUAAAUAUUUUUUUCUCCUGAUUCAACAAUAAGUUGCAACCUGCAAAGUAGUUCUAUCCAAUUUGUUUUAGUUCACUGGAUUUUAGUGAUUCAGCUCUUCCUAUAAUUUUACAUUUCCACUCUCAUUUUGUUAGUUGUUGAAACAUUGACAAUCCCAAAAGAAAUAUCUGAGUAUAUCUGUGUCAUUUAAGCUUCUUUUAGAUUAGUUGUUGGACUUUCAGUUGUAAAAUAAAUGUUCAUGUUGGAGAAUGGCAAUGAUGCAUAAGGUCUUAAUUUUGCAAUCUUAAAUGGGAGUUCUUUAGCUUGUCUGUCCCUUAAAUGUGUUCAAUUUUAAAUGUCUUCUUUCCCAAUCAGCUUCUACAUGAUGCUAUAUGUCAGCAUGCUGUUGAAACUUGAAACUGCAUUGUUGAUUUCUGUGUAUUGGUGCAGUAACUCAUCUAAGUGGUCAGAGAACAUUCUGCAAAUGCUGAAUAUGUAAACAAACUGUACUUUUCGAGAAUGUAGAGAUACACUCAUUAUAAAGUAAGAAAGAUUUGUUUCCAAAUAAAAAGUUGCAACAUGGAAAACAAGA